AUCAGAUGCGUUUGGAGCCAUUUGUUGUAGAGUGGGACUAGACGCAAAUUAAAUGGCUUACGCUGCUGUAACUUCACUUAUGGAAACACUGUCUCUACAUUUCUUGCAAUCACAACCACGUUUGCCUAUUGAAGAUUUAGAGGCACAGAUGAGAAUUGGCAAUGAAAAUCUUGGCUUGUUGCAACAAAUUGUUGAGGCUCAGAUGAGAGAGAUGGAGUUGGACGAAGAAGCGUCACCAAAGAGUCUUCGUAUAAAGCUGCAGCAGCAGCAGCUUGCAGAGAGUUCAUCAUCACAAAAUGAAAGAAUCAUUAAUGCUUGGGAUAGUAUACUAUUGACUUCUCGGCUCAGGGAGAUCGAGGUGGGUGAAGUCAAACAAAAGAUAGUUUCUCUCCAUCAAAAUCUGGGCUUGCUGCAACAAAGUCUUGAGAAAUCUGAGAUCCCCUAUCAUGAUGCGGGGAAGAUAAAAGAUUUAGAGGCAGAGAUCAGAGAUGCAUCGUUCAAAGUGGAAGAAAGGAUUGAGAUGGAGUUGACUGCCAUUUAUUUAGCAAAUGAUAGUCUUCAUGUAACAGCUUCCCUGCUCAGGCUUCAUCCAAUCUUCAAUGAAGCAGAAAAGCAGACUGAUUACCAGAGGAAUGAGUUGAUUAGGAUUCAAACUGAAUACCAGCAGCUUGCAAAGGCAGCUUCAUCACGAAACCAAACACUCACUGAUGUUUCACUGCUUGAGAAUGGAGGAGGAUUAUCACAGCCUGAUCUAGCACACAAGAACAUUAUUGUGAGUAAAUUUUUCAAAAACACUUCAAAGUUGGAUAUUAGAAUGGUGGGAUGCCAGGAGGAGUUCAAGACGAUAUUUGGUCGGAUCCGACGAAGAGGCCAUGGACUACUACAGCUUGUCAAAGGAUCAUCACUUCAUGAUCUAGUACACAAGAAAAAUAUUGUGAGUUACUUCUCCAAAAAGCCUUCAAAGUUUGAUUCUGGAAUGGUCGGAUGCGAGAAGCUGUUCGAGAAGAUAUUGGAUCAGCUGCUCACGCAACAAACAACUAAGGGGAGACAAGUUGUUUCAAUUGUUGGCAUGGGAGGAAUAGGCAAGACCACUUUAGCACACAAACUUUAUGAACAUCCAUCAAUUACUUCUUAUUUUGACAUGCGAGCAUGGGUUACUGAACAGAGAUAUUUGAUAGUGAUUGAUGAUAUAUGGAACACUACUGCUUGGGAUAGUGUGCAAAGAUGCUUUCCAGAUGAUAAUAAUGGAAGUCGUAUACUAUUGACUUCUCGACUCAGAGAGGUGACAGAAUAUGCUAGCUCAAGUAACUCUCCUCUUAAUAUGUCUUUCUUAGAUGCCGAUGAAAGUUGGAAUCUCUACUGCAAAGUCUUUGGUAAAACUGAAUUCCUUCUAGUGUUUGACCAAAUUGGUAGAGACAUAGUGAAGAAAUGUAAAGGAUUACCUCUAGCUAUUACUAUAGUAGCUAGUCUUCUCUCCAAGAUAGAAGAGGAGGAGGAAAAGUGGAAGAAUGUUGCAAAAAGUGUAAUGGGUGAUUCUAGUGAUGCAUGUUCCAGAAUACUAUAUUUGAGUUACAAUCAAUUACCACACCACUUAAAAGCAUGUUUUCUAUAUUUUGGAAUUUUUAAAGAAGACUAUGAGAUCUCUGUGAAGAAGUUGGUUAGGUUGUGGGCGGCAGAGGGAUUUUUGAGCAUGGUGAAGAAUGUGAAUUUGGAGAAAGUGGCCAUGGAAUGCUUGCAAGAUCUUGUCGAUAGAAGUCUUGUUAUAGUUAGCAAACAGAGCUACAAUGGGGAAAUGAAGAGAAUAAGGAUCCAUGAUAUGUUGCGAGAUUUGUGUUUGAGAGAAGCUAGACUUGAAAAUCUCUUGAAUGUCAAUGGAGUUAAAAAACCUUGUCGUUGGAUAAAUCAUGCAUCUGUAUCUUACUAUUGUAAAAGAUUCAGGUUUGUAGACGAGCCCUUUCACAAAUCUCAUUCCUUUCACUUAAAUCAUCAUUUUUACGGUUUUAAGAAUGCAGAUAUGAAAUGUCUAUUUUCAGACUUGAAACUACUAAGAGUGCUAAACAUGAGAAAAAGAUUUUGGGAGGGAGUUAUAAACCUAAAGGUGCUUGAAAAUCUUGUUCAUUUGAGAUACUUAGCUUUGUAUGCAAAUGGCUAUUGUUCUGUAAACCCUAACCACUUUGGGCAUUGGAAUAAUAUGCAAACUUUUAUUGUUAUUGGGGAUGAUGUUCAGAUGUUUUCCUUUAAGCCAACUGGAUUUUGGAAGAUGCCACUAUUAAGGAAUGUUUGCAUUGAAAGAAUUCAGUCAUUAGAAACUCCAUCGGUUGUUUAUAGAAACUUAGAGAAUAUAUCUUGGUUGGAUUCUAAGUUAUGUACAAAGGAUUUGUUUACAAUGAUUCCGAAUUUAAAAACAUUGGGAGUUAAUGGUAGAUACUAUGAUAAUAAUCAAGAUUGGUUUUAUAAUUUUGUGCACUUGGAGCAGCUUGAGAAACUAAGCAUCAGAACGUGGAUGGAUCUCAACCUUGUUAUGUGUAGCUUCCCAUGGGCAACUAGUUUACCAAAUCUUAAGAAGCUCAGCUUGUUGAAGUCUAAUAUGCAGUGGAGUGAGCUGAGCGCUAUUAGUGUGUUACCUAAUCUGGAGGUUCUAAAAUUGAUACAUGCUUGUGAAGGCCUAGAGUGGGAGACAUCUGAUGGAGGGUUCCAUCGAUUGAAGAGGUUGGUAAUUAAAAGCAGAAGUCUCCAAUAUUGGAAUACUGUGGGUGACCAUUUCCCUAUACUUCAUUGUUUAGAGAUAAGUGAGUGCUAUGGGUUGAAAGAAAUCCCUAGUGGUUUUGCCGAUGUCAUUACACUAGCAUUGAUUCAGUUAAGCAAAUGUAGUAAUUCCCUUGUGGCUUCUGCAAAGUGGAUUCAAGAAGAGCAAUACAACAACUAUGGAAAUGCCGUCCUCAUACGUUCUGAAAAUAUUAAGAGUUAUUGGUGUGAGUGGUCUGAGGAGGAAGAGAGUGAUAACGAAGGGCAGUAUCUAGCUAGCGAUGAGCUGAAAUGGUCUCUGCGGGCAAUUCGUUCUCAGAAAUCUGAUGGAUGCAUGCCUUCAUCUUCUGAAUCAAUUAUUUUUGAAAUUGCAUUAAGCUGCAAGAAUUAG